GCUGCAGGACCUGAGGGGGUUUUGCAAUGGAGGUUGCCCCAGGCUGGUGGGCCCCUGGGUGCUUUUACAAGAGGCCAGCACCCAAUUUGACAGCCAAGACCGUCCCUGGAGCUUGUGAGUGCUUCGGUGCUGAGGGAUACGCUCCUGUCAGGGUAUAGGAGAGCAGUGGGGUCCCCCAGUAUUUGUGGAGUCAUUGGGAUGUUUCCCGCUCCAUGCCAUCCCCCUGGUUUGCUCUGCAAGCUCCCUACACCUCCAGCAGUGCAGGAAGUGAGUGUAGCAGGAGGCAAGAAAAAUAUUCUGCUCGAAGGGUUUUUUUUUCCUAAUGAAAACUUUUUUCUUUUUUUUUUUUUUUUUGGGGGGGUAGAAGUGGGUCACUCUAGGGGUGACAGUGUAAGAGCAUCAUUGCCUGGGUACUUCAUCCCGUUGCCAUGGUGACCUGAGGGCUGCAUCAGUCAACAACUUUAGAUAUGUGACAGUUGAGUGAGGCUGAAGAUUUUAAUGAGGACAGACACUUGCUCGCUUAGUUUCAAUAACCAAAUACUCUAUAAAUACCCACCAGCUGAAUGGUUCUGGAUCUCUGAACCAUGUUAGCGACAUGUGGCAGUGUUGCUCCCUGACCCUGGUCAGAGCACUGCACUCCAGGGUGGGCUCAGAAAUACUGGGGGGGAUGGAUGCAAAGCAGAUGGCUCUUUUUUUUUCACCCUCCUGCUGACCCAAUCCAGGGGACAAGGUGACAUGGUUGCAAUAAGAGAGCGUGGAGCCAGGAGCAGGUUUGGGUUUCCAAGGUACGGCCCAAGCCACGUGUCCUAUGGCAUUGGCUGCUGCACCUGUGGGAUGUGACAGAGCCAACCCCGGACACCGCCUUGUGUCUGCAAUAAAGGAAACCCAGGGAGCAAGCCCAGUUUGCUAAGGAUGGGAUUAACUCUUGUACCAAGCUCUUGCAAGGGUGGGUGAGACGUAAGCAAGCUCCCAAGCCUCGAUAUCAAGCCCAAAGAAGUUGUGGGGCUGGGGGGCUUUGAAAGCCUCAGCGGUGCUGCUUGCAUCCGCCAGUGCUCUGAGCACCCUCAUUUCAUCCCAACCACAGCAGGUGUGCACCGUGCGACACCCCAACACCAGCUCCCACAAAGGGCUGACGGUGCAGGAGGCAAAUUUGCAGCUUCCAGUUUUUUGUCUCUGUGCCAAAAUCGGUCAGUCCCACGCCUUGGCUGGACCCGUGUAGGAGUGGGAUGCUUGCUGGGACAGUUGAGAGCAUGCCAAGAGCCCACUGGUGUUGUGUUUAAAAGCAAAAUGUAAAUAUAAAGCCUCUUCCACUUGUUUCUGCUGCAGCUCCCACAAUACCUUUCUUUGCAACGCCACCACCGUAUCCAGCGGGGACCUUGUAGCCGUGCAUGUGGCCAGGGAGCCUGCGGUCACCCAAGGGCAUGCAAUGCCCUUGGCAAUGCCAGAGCUCCGCAGGCAGAGGGGCUAGUGCCGGGCACAGUGGCGUUGCCCACAACGGGUGCUUCCCAUUCGCUGCCCCCAGUACCACCCGUGCGUGGCGUGAGUCCUGCUGGCUGCCAAAAAUACUCUCCUGGCUGUCUUGUGACCGUGGCAGUGUCAUCGUGCCGGCUGGAGGAGCUUCAAGACGCAUCUCUUUGUCACAUGUAGUAACACGGAAAGUACUGACACAGCGUCACUGAUCGAGGAAUGGGCCACGGCACCGCAGCCUGGGCUUGGUCCAGCACCCCAAAAUAGAUGGCAGUGUUUCCAUCGCAGCUGGCAGGUGCUGGUCCUGACCCCCAAGGAAUAGCAGGUGCCAGCCCCAGCUCUGCCCUUCUCUGUUUUGGCUCCAGCAGCCACCCUGAUGUCUCUUAAAAAUGGUCAAGGAGAAUAUUGUAGUACCCGAAGAAAUCUUGAAUUUCUGUUGCAAUGGCCUCCAGGGCUCAACGUCUCCACCACGUGCCCAAGAGCCAGCGGAGGAGGUACCAGGGGCCAUGGAGAGCCCCUCACCCACCCGCAACCCCACGGAGGUGCAGAUGAGCCAGCUGGUGCUGCCCUGCCACACCAACCACUGCGGUGAGCUCAGCACCGGCCAGCUGCUCAAGUGGAUCGACACGGCCGCCUGCCUCUCCGCUGAGAGACAUGCCGGCUGCCCGUGUGUCACGGCUUCCAUGGAUGAUAUCUAUUUUGAGCGUACCAUUAGUGUCGGACAAGUUGUCAACAUCAAAGCCAAAGUGAACCGAGCCUUCAACUCCAGCAUGGAGGUGGGCAUCCAGGUGAGCUACGAGGACCUGUGCAGCGGGAAGCACAGCAGCAUCUGCAAGGCAUACGCCACCUUCGUGGCACAGGGCCCCUCUGGCUGCAAGGUGAAGCUGAAGCCGCUGACCCCACAGACAGAGGAGGAGAAGAUUGAGCACAGCAUCGCUGCCGAGCGCCGCCGCAUGCGGCUGGUCCACAAGGACACUCUUAAGGACCUCCUCACCAGCAGCUCCCAAGAAACAGCAGAGCGGGAGACGCGGGACGGCAGCGUGGCAGUGCCAGCGGAGAAUACACGAGUGGAGAGUGUGGAGCUGGUGCUGCCCCCGCACGCCAACCAUCAGGGCAACACCUUCGGUGGGCAGAUCAUGGCCUGGAUGGAGAAUGUGGCCACCAUCGCAGCCAGCCGGCUGUGCCAUGCCCACCCCACGCUGCAGGCCAUUGAGAUGUUCCACUUUCGGGGACCAUCGCAAGUCGGGGACCGCCUGGUCCUCAAAGCCAUUGUAAACAACUCCUUCAAAAACAGCAUGGAGGUGGGGGUCUGUGCCGAGGCACACGGCCAGGAGAUGUCCGUCAGCAGGAGACACAUCAACAGUGCCUUCAUGACCUUCGUGGUGCUGGAUGAGAAGGGGCGGCCCCGCACCCUGCCCAUGGUUACACCUGAGCCAGGGGAUGGAGAGAGGAGGUACAGAGAAGCCAGUGCUAGGAAAAAAAUCCGUCUGGACCGAAAAUACGUCGUCUCCUGCAAACAGACUGAGGUGCCGCUCUCUGUGCCCUGGGACCAAAGCAACAAGGUUUAUUUGAGCUACAACAACGUCUCUGCACUGAAGACACUCAUAGCCAAAGCCAACUGGGCACUGGCCAGAGAAAAGGAAAAGGUGCAGAUAUACACGCUGGAAGAGGACAAGUUCCUCUCCUUCCGGAUUGAGAUGUUGGUCUGCAUCACUGCCAGCCAAGCCUUCGCCCUGCUCUCCGACCUGCGGCGCCGGCACGAGUGGGACAAACACUACGCGAGUGCUGAGCUCAUCCAGCAAGUGGAUGACGAUGACAUGAUCUACCACGUGGUGAGCCAGACGCUCAGCCAUGAGAACAAGCCACAGGACUUCGUCAUCCUGGCGUCCCGGCGGAAACCCUGCAGCAAGGGAGACCCUUACGUGGUGGCCUUUCGGUCGGUGACACUGCCCACCCACCCCGCCAGCGACAGCUUCACACGAGGGGAGACACUCUGCUCUGGUUUCUGCAUUUGGCCAGAGUCAGAGGAGAUGAGCAAGGUGGCUUACUACAACCAGGCCACGCCGGGGUACCUCAACUAUGUCACCACCAACGUGGUGGGACUGUCCUCCAACUUCUGUGCCACAUUUGAAGCCUGUGAGAAGUUCCUGCUGAAGAACAAGGAGGACCUGAUCGUGCGGCUGUAGGAUCUCUAGAGCCACAGCAGCCCUGCUGACAGAUGGACAGACAGGCAGUGGGCACCUCCAUGGUCAAGGGAACAUAGGAUGGUGGUGCCCAGACCCUGCCACCUCCAGCGAGGUCCCAGGAGCUGGGGUGGAGGAGCACCCCUGUACUGCUUCAUCCCUUGCACUGGUGUGUCAUAUCUUUUCUUCUUCUUUCUUUUUUUAUUUAGAAUUUUUGUAAGCUGGUGUACAGGAGUUGGUUUUCUAGUUCACUUAACACUACUUGAAUCUUUAUAUGAUCCAAAGUCUUCCUAAAA